AUGCCGCUCCUCCAUUGGGCUACACUCGCCCCCAGCGGCGGUAGCGGCAUUGCAGCCCUACGUUUCACGGCGCCGCUUCGAAUCUCAUGUAUACGCGUAUUUCCGACUGGAGCCACUCCCUUUCCUGACCUUGUCGCUUGCACUGAGCCAGAGGCUUUUUUUCUCAACAUAUUCUUGAACGCACUACCCACUUCCCUUGAAGCAAAGGAAAAGCAGCGUCCUGCAAAUGCUCUUGUCCCGACCUCGAUCGCUUACACCGGCGGAGAAGUGGACUUCGAGGUGGAUAUGGUCCAAGAUUACGCUACACGCUUAAUGAUAGUCAAAGGGGACUUUACAAGCCUUUCUAUUGCUAUCUAUGGCGACACAGUCGAAACUCCAGCAACAUCUCCAGAAUACGAACCAGUGUCUCUGCCUGAACUGUCCCCUCCAUUGCCACUAUCAGCCUCAUUAGAUCCAGCCACAAUGCGAGACCCAACUCUCAUCGCCAAACAACUGCUCGAUCUCAUUCCUAAUUCUCCAAAACUAGAGCUCGUCAUCCGUCUCAUGUUCUGCCUGAAGCCUUCUAAUGACGACUGGGACCUCCCAGAGUUUCCAUAUCUUCAUGCAGACCUGGAGUCUGCCAGUGAUCCGCUGAACCUUGAAGCCGCAGUAGAUUUAACUGUGCGACCACUACCAGAGGACACCUCGUAUGAGACUCGUUCUACUUUUGCAAUGAAAGUAGCAGAUGCAAUCGGACGCAAGACCAUCAACCAAGCAUACCUUGUCAGUCAACUGCUAGUUGUCUCUGCUUCCCAGCAUCCCGACAUGGCUCAGACGCUUUUGCAACAUGUCGAUACCCAAGCCGUUUUCGACUCAACCACCAUGGACGAUAACAUGACUCUGAUAAACAUGUUAGACGCCGUUUCCAACGCGGAUAUCUCGCGACACUUUCAUGCUGACUGGUUCUUUACCGAGCUCGACAAACUUCAAGCCAAUCCGACAGCAGAAAAAGGCAACAAAAAACUCGCCCUUCGCCUCGCUGAACGGAUAAGACGUUGGUCGGCAUUCGAGCAUGCAAUUGAUGACGUGAAGGGGGACUUUGACCACUCAUCCCAGCUACUUGUAGAAAUCGGGCUGGACGAACAGUCCGUCGGAAUAUGGCUUGAGACGAUGAUUUUACACUCAAGUAUUGUUGCUAAGCUUGCCGAGGCUCCCAUUCCGACGGAACAGCAACUGCUGAGCGCAAAGCCCUUCACAAGAAAACAUCAUCGCAAUGAAAUCACGCGUGAAGACUUUAUUGCAUUCAUUCGAGCAUAUAUUGGAGUUGCCAGUGUUUUAGCUGUAUGGGCAUGGUCAGAUAGCUUGGGCAACGAUAUUUGUCGAACUCAAACACUCGCGAUUGUGAAAUUAUGGCAAGGCGUCAAUGGUUAUCGGGAGAUUGUCAACCAUCUCCUCCUUCUUCGGCAGCUCACUCGACGAUUACAAUGGAUCAUAACUGGCAAUGAACCCCCUCGCCAUUCUGGAAUUCUUGCGGAACAAAUCUUCGCAGAUUUGACCACGGACCCACAAGCUAUACUCUCGACUGACGUCAUCAACGCGAUAAGCCAUCUCGAGGGCACUCCACUAGCAUACAUCGCAGAGCAUGAACGCCAAGUUAUGACCAAAAUGGCUUUGGUUGCGCAAGACAAACUUCCUGCCGCCAUCGAAGAGUUGACGUUUUCGAGCACACGUCCACUUUCUUUGCGGCGAUUGCGCGCCAUCAGGGUAGCACUGAGUGUUGUUCAACAAGAACUGGAUUCAGGGGAGCUAGGGGAGUGGAAUAUACUAGAAGCACUUUGGCGAGAAAAUUCUCAUGGACUGGUGGAUCGAUUGACCCAGAUGUUCCUCGAAAUCGCCGAUGAUUUGACGAGGCAUUUUGGUUUGUCUCUGCCGCCAACGGCAGAUGUACCACUUGUCGUUCAGCUAUUCCACACCGGAGACGACUUGCUAAGGUUGAUCACGGCGCUUAGUGGGAAACAUGUGUUAACAAGGCGAACUCUCCGGCACUUCAUCUCUGGCAUCGUCUACGUGUUUUUGUCUACACAAUUGGCCCAGAUCGAUCUGCUGCAUUUGGAAGGAAGGGAGGCACUUCUUUCCAGCCUCCGUCAGUCUUGUUUGAAGGCCCUCAAUUCGUUCGUACAACCCGAAGUUAACGUCGACCCGCCUAGGCUCGCCGCAGAAGUAGUCUUUAGAACACUUUUGGAAUAUCCAACGGUGACUGUUGGACGUCUUCGCGAUCCAACCUUGGUCAUAUCCCAUAUUCUCUCUCUUGUCGACCAUGUGCUGCCACAGAACUCCGUGUCUGACGAUCGUUGGAUAAUGAAUAUCAUACCCAACACGUUGUUUGAGCUCACUGGUUUCUUCGACCUGCUGGAGCCGGAGAAGAAGGUGUUCGUCAUGACGCGGUUGGUCAAAUUGGACGAUGGUGUUACCGGGGUCGGAGAAUGGUUGCUUAUACAAGAGCUGAAACAGCUUUCCGGUAUAGUUGAGUCAUCCCAUGAACUCCAUGUCGUUGAGCACCAUCAGCUAUACCUUUCCCUGCAUUUCCUGUCUAAGCUCAUUGAUGCAUCAUCACAAUGGUUAAUCACCACCAUCUCAAAUGUCCCUGAGGUUUCGACUCUCCUCGCAAGCUGUCUCAUAGCUCUACUCGACAUCCACGUUCUAUGUCCUGCUCUCAAUGAGAUUACUGGCGCUCUUGCCGUUCGGACGGAGUCGUUCAGCACUGAACUCAAGUCCGCUCUUGUACUGACAACAUUGCGUGCUUUCCACCACAAGCCGUGGGUGCUCCUCGAUGUCCUCAAACAGGAAUUGCCGUGGCAGCCGGCCGACCUACAAUAUGCAGCCCUCCUCAAGUUGGAGAUUGGGCAGACCCUCGCUUGCGUUGCGAGCGGAAAAGUCACUCCCAAACUCGCCGGAACGGCGAUGUCAAUCCUUGAAUGGCUGUCGGAGCACACGGCCAGCUUAUCGGGAAUAUCAUCGACCGCGCUAGCGCAACUGUACGCCAAACUCGCCGAGGCCCUUCCCGCCAGCUCACGGGCUACACUCAAAACUGUGACAGAGGUGAUUCAAGUGGACGAUAAUGACGCAAUGCCCCCCGACGCGGUAAAGCUGCCAGAACGACUUGAGUUACCGUUCCAAGAAAUAAUCAACCUCCUCCAAAACUCGGCACAACCGGAGGUGGCACCCAGCACCCCGAAAACAUCCCACACACCAGACAUCCUCGGAGUGUUGACAUCACCAUCCGGGCUCCUUCGCUCACCAGCUGCCACGGGCCUCACCAAGACCUACCAGAAGAACGACUUCCGUGCUUUGCGCCAGGCCCCUGCCGCGAGGCUGAACACAAGCCGGUUGCCUAGUAUGCAUGUUGAUGUAGGUGUCGUCCUUGCCGACUCUUAG